AUGCGAGACAUACAGCUCCUCACUCCGGCCCCCGACUCGGCCCCCGACUUGGCCCCCGACACAAGCCCCGUCACGGCCCCCAACUACUUCCUUGCACGACGCUUACUGGAUCCAAGCCAAGUGGGUCUUUCACACGUCGAACGGUGGUACCUUGAUUUAUUCAAGACGCAUACUUCUAGAAAAUGCACCGGGUCUAUGAUCGAUGACUUCUGGCAGCGACUCGUUCACACGGUCGCCGAGGAGGAACCUGCUGUGCGGCAUGCAGCUAUCGCUUUGAGCUCUAUGCAUUGGCAAUUUAUGGAAGAGUCCGCCGACUCUUUCAAAUCGAAGUCUCUUUCUGUGGCUAAGCCUAGUGGGAAGAAAACCCCAUCUUUCACUCUAGCGCAGUGCACCAAGACCCUUGUUUCUCUACGACAGAGACUAACGAAGGGAGAUACAUAUACCACAAGCAGCUCGCAUAGAGAGGCGGUUCUUGUUGCAUGUAUUAUGUUAGUGUCGCUGUCUCUCUUCCAAGGCGAUGUUAAAGCCGUGACCUCGCACCUACGGUCCGGUUAUAGUGUCCUUAUGGAAUGGCAGAAGGUCAAUUUCGACGGGAAUCCCUCGGGGCUGGUCCUAAUGCGCGCAUUUUCAGAUCUACAGCUACACCGGAUUACAUUCUCCCAACCACAGCAUGAUAUAGAAUCAGAAGCAGACGAUUUACCGCUCUGGCAGGCGAUUACCGUAUGCCGGCCUGUACAUGGGUAUUCGGCAAUGUCUGAAAGUGAUUUUGCGAUUGUCCUUGGAGCAACUAUCACGGCGAAUUAUCCACUGGGAUUCCAACACCGCAUAGGAUCUAGUUUACGGGGGUUGAACACUGCCCUUGCCGAUCUACUCUAUCAGAAUAGGGCAGAAAAGUCGCUUAUAGAGAGAUUACUGAACUGGAAGCGCGAGUUCCAUGCUUUCAUCUCGGUACAUAGGGAUACCUUAUGGCCACAAGACCGCGGCCCGAUAAUACUGAUCGAGCUAUGGACUAUGGCCAGUGACAUAAUACUUGCUUGUCUUAAGAAUCCCCUGGAUGAGAUGUCUUAUGACUCCUCUUUGCCCCUAUUCCAGCGGAUGAACGAGUUGGCGGCGCUUUACUUGAGCUUGGCGGAGCAAGCUUCGAUGUUCUCCACUAAACCUAUGCUUCUACAAAUCCUGCAUUUCAAUGCCACUAAAUGCCGCGACUGGCAUACGCGUCGGGAGACAUUACGCCUAGUGCGUAACUCCCAACGGCGAGAAGGGUUCUGGACGUCUGAUCAUUUCGUCGCUAUGUUAGAAUACGUUAUCAAACAGGAGUCUGCUGGUUUGACGCCUAAUGAUGUGAUUCCGCGUGCAGCUCGUAUUGAUCUUCUGCAUCUCAGUCCUUUGGAUCAGAGCAAGUUCAGUGUAUGGUAUCAUCGACCUUACACCCCCGAGGAGGUUGUCGAUGGUGCUGAUAUCCAUGGAAAAUGGACAAACGUGGUGCUAUCAGCUUAA